GAGAUAAUAAAUUUAUAUAAAUUAUAAUUUAUAAAAUAUAUAUAAAAUAAUGGCCUCAUUACACAUAAGUCACACAGUUAAUGACACCACAAUAAAGUUUUUUUCGAUAAUUGAAAGAUUGCUGUCAUUAACUAGUUCAAAACUCAGUGAUAAAAAACAAAUCAACGCAUACCUAAAUGAUCUCAACGAAUUGGAUUACAGAUGCCUCAAUAUUACAAACAAUGAUGCAGUAUUAUUAUUAGUGAAUCAGCUCUGCGUGACUAUUCUACCUACAGAAAUAUCCUUGGUUCAAAAUGCAUGUAAAUUUCUAUACAAUUUAACUCAAAGUAAUAUCAAACUACAUGGCCGGACAUUUGCAACUUGUAAACGAUGGAUUUUAGAGGCAUUAGAAUUUUCUGAACCACUGGCACAAAUUGAUGUCUUAAUCGCUAUAAAAAGCUUUUUACAUGCUGGAUAUUUUGAUGACAUCAAUCAUUAUGUACGUCUAUUUCUCAGGGAUAAAGGCUUGUUAAUGAAACAUUUAAAUUUACCAUGUAAUGCAUGGUCUGAAAUUAAUUUCCAUGCACUUGGGUGUUUAGAAGAAAUUGUGGCAAACAAAAACAACAAUAAUCUUAUAUCAAAGGAAUUUAUAUAUUUGAUAAAAGAUAUCAUCUUUAAGAAUCUAUCACUUCCACCAUACAGCAAUAAUGAUAAGCUUUAUUAUUGUAAAAUUAUACACUUGUGCUUGCAUAUUUUGCAUUGCAUAAUGUUGGAAAAAUUGAUUCCUAAUUCCUCUGAUAUUGUUGGAGAGAUCUUAGGAGUGGUGCAAACAUUCUUAUUUCAUGGUAUUAAAGGUUACACAAACAUAAAACCAGAAUUACUUCGUCCUGCAGCAAUGAAUCUUCCAGAACGUAUUCAUGUGGUUCCAAAGUGCAAAAAUCUUAAAAAUCACAAAGCAAAGUCAAAAAAGACAGCUGUUAAGAAGACUACAUCUGAUGUAGAAAAUAGUACUCUUCCAGAACAUACUGGAACUUUUAAAUAUUCCAGUGAUUCAGAUACAUCGGAUACAGAAUUUAAUAAUACCUUCCAUAUAGAUUCCAAAAUAAGAUUGGGAGCUGUGCGUUUAUUACAGACUCUUCUAGAAACUAGUCAGAGUAGAGAGAUUUUUGGAUACUGGCCACAAAUUGUAGCAACUGGUUCACGAAACGAUGCCCGAGUAUUAACGAGAAGCAUAUUGGUAGAACCUACAGCUAAAGUUCGACAAACUGUAUUAAGCGUAUUAACUGAAUUGUUGAUAGGUGCUAGACCAUUCUUGAUACAUGCAGAAGAUACCGACCAUACUUCUUUCAUCACUUUUUUCGGCACAGUAUGUUUAAUGAUCAAAGAACUACAUUUCACAUUAUCAUUAAUUCUUCUUACUGAGAAAAACGCGACUGUAUUAACGCACGCAUUAAAAUGUGCGGCGGCUCUUGUAGAAGGUACACCAUAUGAACGAUUGAAACCAGGUUUAGCUAGCAAAUUAGCAAGGAAUUGUAGACCACAUAUAUUUUAUAAAGAUCCGACUGUACGAGUUGCAGCACUGUCCGUUUUUGAAGCAUUUGCUUCCAGUGAACCUAUCACUCAGGAAAUAUUAAGCAUAUUAUCUAAGCAGUCUAUAGGUGAUACAGAAUUGGGAGAGUUACAACUUGAUACUGGUUCAAUCAAUGAUGUUGGAACAGAGGAAGAAGAAAUAGAUAUUGAAGAUGUCAAUCAUUUAGAAAAUAGCUAUAAUGAAAUUAAAACGUCAAAAGAUGAAAGUAUCUGUUUGCUGAUUCACACUUGCUUAGAAAAUAUAUCUAAUACGACAAUUAGUACACCUGUACGACUUCAAUCUUUUAAACUUAUAGGAAGAUUGGCAUUUAAUACAGGAAGUCUCGUAUUUCCUCAUUUAGAAAAAGUUACCACAGUUUUAAUUUCGGUUAUGGAGGAAUCAGAAGGUCAAGUAAUAUUACAUGCGUGUCGGGUGUUAGAAAUUAUGUCCGGUUGUCUUGCAAAUAUUGAAACUUAUCAUAAUAAUGGUGUACUAUUUUGGAACAUUAUAUUUGAAUCUAUGAUAUCACUCGCCCAGACGUCGCAAACUAUAUGGCGAGAAGCCGCUUGCGAUUGUCUGGGUAGCAUAAAUGGAAAUGUAUUCACACAGUUAUCGAGGCAAAAAACAAUACUAAUAAUUACAAUACUAUUUGGAGCAGUUCGCGAUGAAGAAAGUGCUGUGAGAGCAGCUGGUUUACGUGCAUUAGGAAUGUUGGUAACUUUAUCAGCAUUGGAAGAGGAUACUGGCUUCCUUAUGGAUCUGGCCGAUAUAGUUUGUUUGGCUUUUGAUGACAAAAAUCUCGGUGUUCGUGUGAAAAGUGCUUGGGCAUUGGCAAACUUGUGUGAUUGUCUGUCUAGACAAAAACAGCAUGAAGAGAUAGAACCACUUCCUUUGGAAGUUUUGCUACCCAAAUUAUAUCAAGUAAGCGUCAAAGCUACAAAAGAUCAUGAUAAAGUGAAAUGUAAUGCUGUUAGAGCAGUUGGAAGUAUUUUAUAUCUAUGUCCACAAAACCACAUACUUUCCGAUACAACAUUAGGAUUAAAUGCACUUAUUAAAUGUGCUGUUUUAGGAAACGAUAUGAAAGUACGAUGGAAUGCUUGUCGAGCCUUAGGUUUAGUUUUGAGCCGCAAUCCAGAUGCAAUUUUGCCAUCUUCUUGGAAAGAUCAAGUAUUUCCAGCACUUUCCACUUUGAUAUGUGAGAGCCCUAAUUUUAAAGUGCGUACCAAUGCAGCAUGGGCACUGUAUUCAUGUAACAAUUAUGGUAAAUAUACUGUAAUGUUGUGGAAAAGUAUUGUAGUAGCAUUUGAAAAUGCUCAACAUGUUCCAAGCUUUGUUGAAUAUUCACAUCGAGAUGCGCUGAUUGAACAAUUGUGCCUUACUCUUGCUCGUGUUGCGGCCUGUAUAGAAAAGUCUGAACUGCAAAGUCUUUGGCUCGAAAUAGGCGAUCAUUUGGAGGAAAUUUCUAAUGUUAUGAAGCAAUUUCAGGAAACUGUUUUGCCUGAAAAAUUGGGAGAUUUAAUCAAAGCAAAAGCCCAGUUGGAACAAUUAAUGAAAAAUACAUAUUGCAUCGAAGAACAACAAAUUGCUCGAUCUUUGGCAAAUAUAUUUGAUAGGACUAAUCGCUAUGACAAUUUAGAUGCCAUGACACCUACAAUAUAGAUUU